CUCUCUCUCUUCGCGUCUUUUUCUUAUUAGACCUAAAAUCAGCUUCCAAAAUCGCCAUUGAAGAAGCUCUUAAAUUCUUUGCUCUCAGGUGAUUUUGAGUAGGUUGUAGAGAGUGGGAAAUGGCAGGGAGUUCAAUUGAGGAGUCUGGUGUUGGCAGGUCACUAGAAGGAAUGUCAAAUGGGGAAGCUUUGGCGGAAUGGCGGUCUUCUGAGCAGGUGGAGAAUGGAAUUACUUCGACAUCACCCCCUUACUGGGACACCGAUGAUGACCAUUAUUGUGGACCGAAACCUUCUGAGUUAUAUGGGAAGUAUACAUGGAAGAUAGACAAGUUUUCACAGAUUAACAAGAGAGAACUUCGUAGUAAUGCUUUUGAGGUUGGCAGCUACAAAUGGUACAUCUUGAUUUACCCCCAAGGUUGUGAUGUUUGCAAUCAUUUAUCUUUAUUUCUUUGUGUUGCCAAUCAUGACAAGCUUCUUCCAGGUUGGAGUCAUUUUGCACAGUUCACAAUAGCUGUCGUGAACAAGGACCCUAAGAAAUCAAAAUAUUCUGAUACAUUACAUCGCUUUUGGAAGAAAGAGCAUGACUGGGGAUGGAAAAAGUUCAUGGAGUUAUCAAAAGUUUUAGAUGGGUUUGUUGAUGCUGACACCCUUAUAAUAAAAGCUCAAGUCCAAGUUAUCAGGGAGAGAGUAGACCGGCCUUUCCGAUGCCUUGACUGUCAAUAUAGGAGAGAACUUGUUAGGGUAUAUUUGUCGAAUGUAGAGCAAAUAUGUCGCCGUUUUGUGGAAGAGAGGAGAGGAAGGCUUGGAAAGUUAAUAGAAGAUAAAGUUAGAUGGUCAAGCUUCUGUACCUUCUGGUUAGGAAUUGAUCAAACGGCCAGGCGCUGCAUGUCAAGGGAGAAGUCGGAUUCAAUACUUAAAGUCGCUGUGAAGCACUUUUUUAUAGAAAAGGAAGUUACAUCUACUUUGGUGAUGGAUUCCUUAUACAGUGGACUGAAGGCCCUCGAAGGUCAGACCAAUAACGAGAAAGCAAAGGGAAAAUGCUUGGAUGCUGAAGAACUACCAAUACCUAUAGUCAGGGUAGAGAAAGACACAUUUAUUCUGGUUGAUGAUGUAUUAUUAUUGCUCGAGAGGGCCGCUUUGGAACCGUUGCCCCCGAAGGAUGAAAAAGGCCCUCAGAACCGUACCAAGGAUGGUGGCUCAGGGGAGGAUUUCAGCAAGGACUUCAUUGAACGUGAUGAAAGGCGUCUUACUGAACUGGGACGUAGAACCAUUGAGAUAUUUGUCCUGGUGCAUAUAUUCAGCAGUAAAAUAGAAGUUGCAUACCAGGAGGCUGUUGCUUUGAAAAGGCAAGAGGAGCUCAUACGUGAAGAAGAGGCAGCAUGGAUGACUGGGAUUGAACAGAAAACAAAACGUGGUGCAUCCGAAAAGGAAAAGAGAGCAAAGAAAAAGCAGGUGAAGCAGAAAAGAAAUAAUCGCAGGCAAAAGGAUAAAGGAAGGGAGGAAAAACCUGGUACUGUAGUAGAAGACAAAGUUGAACAACAGAACCCAAUUGAUGGAAGAAAAGGCUUCCUCAUUGAGGAUGCAGAGUUGUUGCUUGAAAAAUCUGAUACAUUUGAGGAUGUUUCAGAUGUUUCAGAUUCAAUCAAUUGUGUUCCUGAGGCACUUGUACAGCCUGAGUCGGACGAUAGGGAUUCAAAUCCUGACACUUGGGAAGGUCAGCCACCCACAGAAGGUGAUACUAAUGGGGUUACAGGUGUGCACAAUGGAGGAAGGAAGAGUUCAUCAAUGAUGGAGGAUAGUUCAUCGACGUGUUCAACUGAUUCACUCCCAUCAGCGGUGGUGAAUCAGCCUUACAAAUGGAAUUCACCUCAAAAUCAGAAAAGUCCUCUAUUUUGCAGAGGCAAAGGAAAGAGUAGUGGUGAAGUGACUGGACAGACCGAUGAUAUGCACAGACAGCCACCUUAUGUCAUGUCUGAGCCAGCACAUUCAUAUGUAGCUGGAAAAUGCUGCAAGGUGGAUGAAGCGGAUACUGAUGUGUCUGUACUCACUUUGUGGGAUCGCGUAAAGUGGCUAGAACAGCAUAAGGAAGUUUUGUUGCAAAAAGAACCAAGUGUCAAGGCUGAAGUUGAUCCUGAAGUUUUAAAUGAAAACACAGCUAUUAUACCUUCUUCUCCCAGAAGCCCUCCAAAAACUUCCCUACCUGCUGUUCGCCAGAACACCGACCUGAAGAAAAUCACAGGUUCUGAUCCUGCUAUUGCCAGAAGACCACCUUCAGACAAAACCAUCAACAUCGAUAAAGCAAAUUCAGCUGAAAGUUUGGUCUCAUCUAGACCUCAUGCUCAUAAAAUUGGGUCCCAAAAACCAACCGAAAAAGCCAUAAAUGGUCAAGUGACCUUGAUUACUGAUAAGCCUGUUGUUCACCAAGUGUCAAGGACCAUCGAAAAGUCUCCUGCCCAGCAAGUGUCUGUUUCAGUAGAGAAGCCUUUGAGUCAGACAGUGCCUACCAUGUUGAGGCCCUUGAGUGCUCCUCUGGUUCCAGGGCCCAGACCUACUGCUACCACCCCUAUUGUCUCGACUGUCCAAGCAGCACCGUUUCUACCCCGUUCAGUGAGUGCAGCAGGACGAUUGGGUCCUGAUGUAUCACCUGCGACCCAGAGUCUUGUUCCUCAGUCAUACCGAAAUGCCAUGAUGGGGAUUGGAACUUCAUCGACUUUCAGUCAACCCCAUUCUCCAAAUUUGACGGUAAAUCCAUCUCACUCGUAUUCACAGCCAUCUCAUCCUCCUAUGAUAUCAGCACCCAUGUUUCUACCUCAGAGCUCUGAAAGGGUAGAUUCAGCCAGACCUAGGCUCUCUUUUGGAGUGGUGAAUCAUGACGUCGUGCAAAAUGGAUCCCAGUGGAUGGAAUCCCUUCAUACGGGUAUUAAUAACGGUAGGGGCUUACACAAUGAUCCUUGUUUGCUUAAUGACAUUCAAAACCUUGACUUGCACAAGUCUGCACACCGCAGAUCCCAGGAUCAGUUUUAUAAUGAGUUUCCUGCUGGUGGGCGUCAUGGUCAUGGUAUUUUGGCUGAUGAAUUCCCUCAUCUUGAUAUCAUCAAUGAUUUACUGGAUGAUGAGUAUGGUAUGGCGAGCACAACACAGGUUAGGCCAUUGUUUCAAAGUUUGAGCAACGGAGCGCACCAUCACCAUUUAAGUCGUCAGUUAACUUACCCUGGUCCUGGUGGCAUAGUUGAUCAGAGUUGGUGCACAAGCUCAUGUAGGUUUGAAAGAAGUAGGCAUGAUGAAUUCCAACAUAGUUAUGGUGGUGGGGUUCAGUUUGAACAAGUAGCUAAUAACUUACAGCAGCAGCCGCAGCCUUAUAUGAUUGAUGGAAUGAUUCAGAACCAAUGGCAGAUGGAGAUGGAGAUGGAAAUGGAGAUGAGUGGUUGUGAUGUUUCCUAUCCCAGUAUGAGCUUGAGGAACAUGGAUAAUGAUGGGUAUCAGUACUCUAACCUGAUGAUGGGUGUGAAUGGUUAUAAUACUCUAUACCAUCCUUCUUCUAAUGGACAGUAAAUGGAAUAGGAAUAGGAAUAGGAAUAGGAAUAGGAAUAGGAACAGGAACAGGAAUAGGAAUGAAUAAAAAGAAAUAUUUGUUGGGUUUUGGGUUGGAUAUGGAUAUGGAUAUGCAGGGAGGUUGUAAGAAAACAUUUUGUAAAGAGUGAUUCUGUUCUUUCUGUCUA